AUGACUAACCUAGUAGCUGGCGUAUUAAAUGACGUAACUGACCAAGGGAUGGGUUCUAUCACGAGACUUUCCAACGGUGAUUUCUUAUUUGUCACAUAUUAUUUGUCACAAGGACUAUCACUUAAUGCC